CAGCGAACUUCCGAGAUGCAACGAAGGCUUUUUUCGCGAGAGACUCCAGCGAGACCGGAGAGCGCGUCCGAAAACGGGGUUUGUUCGAACGGGUAUUAAUCCAUUCCAUUCCUUCUCCGGCUUUCGCUGCAACUCCGUAGUGAUCUCUGGUCUUCUUACCCCCCGACAUUGACUCCCAAAAAAACCCCUACAAAAGCAAGCCUCCUCAAACCAAGAAGUCUGGUCGUCAGGAACUUCCACUUCCGUCCUCCUGGAAUAGAGCUACCGAUCUCCAAUAAAACCGUUUUUCUAAGACUGCUUUCACACUCGAGGAGUUUCGGGGCUACAACCAACAAACUGCACGAAAACUCAAGAACCAAGUACGAGUCAUGUCUGGACGAGGAACCAUUAGCUCGUCGGAACUCUUGCAAUGGGGAACGGCCCACAUGACACCAGGUUCCGAGCCGCCCGCAGCUCCUAGAGAGCCGAUAGACCCGAAAUGGUUGGAAGUGAUCAUGGGAAAGGAGGACGCCGCUCGCAUGAAGGAUUGCAUGGAGAUUAUACAAGCCACCGACAAAAGUUUGGACGAGAAGGAGGGGGCUUUUGAUGAACUGGAGAUGUUGGUGGAAUCUUUAGAUAACGCUAACGAUCUGAGACCAUUGAAGCUCUGGCAACCACUCAUUGACAUUGCCACUACAAGCGACGAGGCUAAGUUGAGGAUGUACGCAGCCUGGGUAAUGGGCACGGCUGUACAGAACAACAAGAAGGCCCAGGAUGAUUUCCUUGCCGCUGGUGGUUUGGAGCACAUGUUGCUGUUGGUAUCGUCGUUCCCAGACUCGUCUGUGCGCGACAAGGCAUUCUACUGCGUGACAAGCGCCGUCCGCAACAAUCCCCAAGCCCUCGAAACCUUCAUGGAGAAGAACGGCAUCGCCUCCAUUGUGACCGUCGGUCUGGACGGUGAUACGCGGUUACUGAAGCGCGCCAUGUUCUUCAUCCGCUCGCUGGUCGAAGAUGAGAACCCCGCUGAAGCGACCCGCGCCGCCCAGGCCGCCAAGGACAACGGCGUACCCGAUAUGGCUGCCGACCUUAUCCUAGCGGAUAUUAGCGAUAUGGACCUUGUUGAGAAGUGUUUACAACUCCUGACCGCCUUUGCAAAGUCCCAUCCCAAGGUCAUCACCGCUGACCUCCGCACCAAGCUCACCGCACAAGUCCUACCCGCUCUGGAAGCACACGCGAAAUCGGAUACCUCCGAAGAACCUUUAUGGAAGGAGUACCGCGAUGAAUUGCAGCGGAGCUUGUAAGAUAUUCGAAACCACGCAUACUGUAUCUAUCUCAAUUAUGAUGUGAAUAUAUUUAUCGUAUUUUUUGGACGGG